GCGGGACUACCAGCAGGAGGUUAUGCAGCAGACAGACAGAAAAGGUUUGGCGGCCUUGGCAGGGGGACUCAGAGCUCAGCUAGCGGCUCGGCUAGCGGAUGAGACCUGUCAGAGAGAUCAGGUGAAAUCCGUGCAGGAGGCGGUGCUGCCGAAGCACGGCCUGGCAGCAGAGGACUACGAGUGGAGAACCAUUCAGUGGAAGCUUUGGUUCUACGGUCUCUUGGACGACAGCAACGUCAGGUUGGCCAACGAGGUGAUGCUGGCAUCGCAAGUCAGGAGCGCAAUUCUGUUCUGCCCCGCCCAGGAUAUGCGGCCUGCUGCCAUGGAAGAAGGCGGGCUCAGAGGGACAGGAGUCCUGCUGUGUGAGCAGUGCUACAGCAUUUUUACCCGUUGGGCGGAUAUCGCACAAGCCCGGAUAGCCCGGCUCAAUUCUUCCUUUCCCGGGGCCUGCAUCCAAACGUCGUGGCCAAGCAUGGCUUUCAGGAGCCUGUGCUGCAGCCUGCUGCUCUCUGUCAUGUUGAGAUCGGCCUCUUCCGCCAAGUGCCUCUAUCCAGGGGGCGAGUGCUACGAGCUGAUGAUGCAGAAGUGUGAGGGCUCGGCGAAUUGGACCAUUCAUGGAUUGUGGGCCGAGUGGGACAACGAAUGUCCGGGAUCGGCGUUCAACAUCAGUGCCUUAUCGCCGCUCCGAAGUGAGCUUGAUGCGAAGUGGUCCUCUUGUCCUGAGUUCUCCAUGAAGAACGAAGAUUUCUGGAAGCACGAGUGGGAGAAGCAUGGGACGUGCUCGCAGAUGGACGAGGUCAGCUUCUUCAACAAGACCCUGCAGCUUUAUGCCAAGUACAAAAAGAAGUGCAGCAAGAAGACCGGCAAAGACUGCACCGUCUGCUUCAACAGGAACCUUACCGCACUGGAGACCUGCCCUGGCCCUUCCCAGGAUCGCUUCGUGGUCUGA